AUGCGGUUUUUUGAAACCAUCCACGGUGGCUUCAGUGCUGGAGGCGACUGGGACUUAGCCAGUUCAGCAAACACAAAAGUGACAAUUCGUCAUGACGGUACUGUACACUGGAGGCCACCGAUAAUCUCCACGUCGCAGUGCCAGAUAGACGUCGAAUACUUUCCCUUCGAUAAACAAAACUGUACCCUGAAAAUUGGCACUUGGACUCACAACGGUCAUCUGAUAGAUCUCCGGCACACAGCUCAGAGAAAACAUGGCAACGCGGGUUUUGAUAAUUGCAUCAGCCAUAUAGACUAUGCCAUUGACUUGAGUCAGUACGUUGGCGAUGUCGAAUGGGAUUUGCUAGACGUCUCAGCUCUACGGAACAUCGAAUAUUAUGCAUGCUGUAAGGAGCCAUACCUGGAUAUUAAGUAUUUUGUCGUCUUGAGACGAAGGACUCUAUUUUACGGCAUUAAUCUGAUCUGUCCGUGCUUGGCGAUCUCCCUGCUUACAGUGCUGGUCUUUUAUCUGCCCGCAGGAAGCGGGGAAAAGAUGUCACUCUCAAUCAGUAUCCUCAUUUCGUUGACUGUUUUCUUCCUGCUUAUCUUCGAGAUAUCCCCACCUACCAGUAUCGUGGUCCCAUUAAUUGUGAAAUAUCUACUCUUCACGAUGAUCCUCAUCACACUUUCUGUUGUUGCCACCGUUGUUGUACUUAACAUACACUGGAGAUCACCUGAUACUCACUACAUUUCACCAUGGGUGCGAAGCGUCUUUACCUGCACUCUUCCAAGAUUACUAUUCAUGAAAUCUCAGCAGACCUUAGGCUCUAACUCAGUAAGCUGA